UAAAAUUCAACAACCCUAAAGUACCAUCAUUUAUCUUGUGCGCGAAUUGUUCCUGUCUAAAUUAUCAAAAGGCGGAACCGCGCCAAAAAAGCGGAUCUCCCGAGUGGUCCAACUGCCCCAAGACACAAUCAAGGUUCCAAGAACCCGCCGGAUCGAUUUUAAAGUUCUUGAGAUCCAGCAAAGCACCACAAAAUGCAGUCUCACAGCAAAAAACGCGUCUGCUACUAUUAUGAUAGUGACAUAGGAAACUACUACUACGGCCAGGGUCAUCCCAUGAAGCCACACCGCAUACGCAUGACCCACAAUCUGCUCCUAAACUAUGGGCUCUACCGGAAAAUGGAGAUUUACCGACCGCAUAAAGCAACCGCCGAUGAGAUGACCAAGUUCCAUUCGGACGAGUACGUCCGGUUCUUGCGCUCCAUCCGUCCGGACAACAUUUCGGAGUACAACAAGCAGAUGCAGCGCUUCAAUGUGGGCGAGGACUGUCCCGUCUUCGAUGGACUCUACGAGUUCUGUCAGCUCUCCGCCGGCGGAUCCGUGGCAGCCGCUGUCAAAUUAAACAAACAGGCCUCAGAGAUAUGCAUCAAUUGGGGCGGCGGCCUGCAUCAUGCCAAGAAAUCGGAGGCCUCCGGUUUUUGCUAUGUCAACGACAUCGUUUUGGGUAUUUUGGAGUUGCUGAAAUAUCACCAGCGUGUUCUGUACAUCGACAUUGAUGUCCAUCAUGGCGAUGGCGUUGAGGAGGCAUUCUACACCACUGAUCGUGUGAUGACCGUGAGCUUCCACAAGUACGGCGAGUAUUUUCCGGGCACUGGCGACCUCCGGGACAUUGGCGCCGGCAAGGGAAAGUAUUAUGCCGUGAAUAUACCUCUGCGCGAUGGCAUGGAUGACGAUGCCUAUGAGAGCAUCUUCGUGCCCAUUAUCAGCAAGGUGAUGGAGACAUUCCAGCCGGCGGCCGUGGUGCUGCAGUGUGGCGCCGAUUCCCUUACCGGCGAUCGGUUGGGUUGCUUCAAUCUGACCGUCAAGGGUCAUGGCAAGUGUGUGGAGUUUGUGAAGAAGUAUAACCUGCCAUUCCUCAUGGUCGGCGGUGGUGGCUAUACCAUCCGCAACGUCUCCCGCUGCUGGACGUACGAAACAUCGGUGGCAUUGGCCGUGGAAAUAGCCAACGAACUGCCCUACAACGAUUAUUUCGAGUACUUUGGGCCCGACUUUAAGCUGCACAUCAGUCCCAGUAAUAUGACGAAUCAGAACACGUCCGAGUACCUGGAGAAGAUCAAGAACCGUCUGUUCGAGAACCUGCGAAUGCUGCCCCACGCCCCGGGCGUUCAGAUCCAAGCGAUCCCCGAGGACGCCAUUAACGAUGAGUCUGAGGACGAGGAUAAGGUCGACAAAGAUGAACGACUGCCACAGAGCGACAAGGAUAAGCGCAUUGUGCCAGAGAACGAAUACUCCGACUCCGAGGAUGAGGGCGAGGGUGGACGCCGGGACAACAGGACGUACAAGGGCCAGAGGAAGAGGCCGCGUCUGGACAAGGAUACUAACAGCAACAAGGCUUCCUCAGAGACGUCCAGCGAAAUAAAGGACGAGAAGGAGAAGGGAGAUGGAGCCGAUGGCGAGGAAUCCACUGCCUCAAAUACGAACAGCAACAGCAACAAUAAUAGCAACAACAAGAGCGACAACGAUGCGGGAGCGACAACCAAUGCAGGAUCCGGCACCGGAUCGAAUUCCGGUUCCGGGGCCAAGGGUGCCAAGGAGAACAACAUAUGACGUGGCGGCCGCAAUUGGUUAUAGAAGCCAAUUAAGCGACCGCCGAAGUACAAGCCGCCGGAUUUUACCUAGCGACCCUUGAACUCUCCCCCACCUUCAAUCAUGUCUCCCGAACACGUCCCCUGAGCCAUGUCCCGUCUAUGUAUCCCAUCAUCAUCAUCGCAGUUAGCAUGUCAAUCCAGCACAACUAUCCACACAUCUCCACACGAUCGAUCAGUCGAGAGCCGUAUUCCAUCGAUUUUCCUGGGGGAAAAUCAGUAAUCAGUGGGCGGGACUUGAACUCUUCGUAAGCUAAAAUACAAUUUAUUGUAAUUGUGUAAGUUAAGAAAAAAGUAAAACAAAUAAAGGAGGAUCUACCUAUGUCUAAGUGAUCCCUUGUGGAGAUUCAUGCAGAAAAUAAUCUAAUCCAAAUAAAUAUUUAUACCAUACAUAA